CCGGCUGGCAGUACGGUGUCGGACGUCGUCCACGAUUCCGACUUCCCGGCCGCUCGAAACCCACGCGCUCCGCCGACUGAUCGACCGGCGAAUUUUCUCUUCUUCUUCUUCUUUUUUCUCUGUUAGUUUUUGUCUGCCUAUCGCUCUCGUUCUCGAUCGAUCGGUCGAUCGGAAAGGUCUUCUUCUCGAUUUCGCAGGAAUAUUCGCCCGGGUCCGAGCCGAGCACGUCGCUUGUCCUCGAGGUUGUUGUCCGGGCGCGAGCCGGGUGUUGAUGUCAGCGACUCAUCGUGAAAAAAACAAAACGCACAGGAAACCGCAGGUCGAGAUGCAGUUGUCGCGCGGCGGUAACCGAAGCUAGCCGUCAGUCGAGCGGUGCCCGGUGCCUCUCUCAUUAGGUCGGACGAUGGCGAGAGGAAGGGCAGCCACGAUAUUGUCGAUCGCGAUCUUGGCCGUUUCAUGCCUCCGCGCUGCCGCGGGGGUCAAGGUCCAGGCGGAAGCUGCGACCUUGAACGAGACCGCAGGCCCGCACGACGACGAGGUGGUCGAGGGGAACGAGCUGCCGCUCUCCGGCGAUUCCGAAAACCGGACCGACCAAUCGCCGACCGAUCAUCCUCACAACGUGCCCGGCAAGCCGAGCAAGUUCGACGUGAAGUUUCACGCGGACGACAAGGCGAACGAUCAGAUCGAGCCGACGAGGAUGGACAACGCCACCACGGCUAGCCCGGUCGAGGCGACCUCGGCGACGACCGAGGCGACGGAUCGCCGCUACCCGUCCAAUUCGACGAGAUGCAGAGGCUCGCAGAUGUUAUCCUGCCUCCGGAGGGACUUCUUGAACUUUCUCGACCGCAUCUCGCGGGUCGACACGUACAACGUGAGCAAGUCCGUGCAGAUAGUGAAGAAGCCCCGGGCGAACGUCACGUGCAACAAUCGGAGGGACGACGGCGAGGAGACGAACCUCUUGGACAAGGUGCAUCGCUACGCCCGGACGCACGUGAUGAAGAUACAGCUGAACAAGGACCUCAGCCUCGUCGGGAAAGCCAGGACAUUCUUCGGUUCCAUGUUACAGGGAAAGAGUACCUUUUUAACAGGAUUCGGGCUUGGUUUUCUAGCGUUCGGUCUGAAGAAGCUGCUGCUGCCGCUGUUCUUCGGCGUGCAGAUCAUCAAGAGCAUGCUGCUCGCCCUCUUCCUACCGAGCAUCAUCGGCAGUAUCGGUAAUAUCGUCGGGAAAGGUGUCUCCUCGUUCGCACAAUCGUCGCACGCGCCGGCGCCCGAGGAAAAUUUCGAGUUCAAGGACAACUCCGACCUAUACAACGACGAUUAUCUCACGAGGCAGCCGGUGGGCACGCUGCCGGCCUCCGCCAUGUACGACGAGAGCAUGAUGCAGACGCAGAAGAGCCCGGAGAUCGUGUCCCGCUACGCGUUCGUCGAUUCCAGAAUAUCGCACGCGAACGCACUUUCCGAUCGUUAUUACACGCGACACGUCGCCGCACACGGGCUGUCCAAGAAGCAGGACUUCAAGGUCUUCCACGAGAUCCCGACGAGCUCGCUUCUCCUCACCAACUACGAUCCGUUCUACUCGCCUCUGCUGUCGCGUCUGGACGCCGUGUUCUCACGUCUCGGCCACAACACGGAGGGCUGCAGGGAGUACGCGGUGUGCGCGAUGUACCGGAACCCGGCGCGCUACGCCCCGUACUCGAAUCUGGUGUCCGCCCAGCUGUCGAGGGAGCUGAACGAGCUGAGGAAGCCCAGCACCGACAAUCCCGAUGUGCUGCGCUUCUUCAGAUAUAUGAAGGCCGCCAAGGACGGUCAGGAUGGUGUCAAGUGCGAAGAUCUGUACGCGAACUGCGCGAACGCCCGCGAGGACCAAAGCCUGAAGCAGAAUCAGGCGAUGUUGGCGACCUAUCAAGACAUCAACAAGCUCGUGCAGGCCCGGAAGAUCUGAGAACUCGCCUCGAUCCUCUCGUUUUCGCGUCGUUGACGCUGUCGCUGUCGGAGGAUGCGACGAAGAAAAAGAAGAAGAAGAAGAAGAAGAAGAAGAAGAAGAAGAAGAAGAAGAAGAAGAAGAAGAAAAAGAAGAAGUGGAAGAAGAAAAGUCGCGUUCUCCGUCAUAUAGUUCUUUGCGUGGAGUCUAUCUGUGUGUGAUAGUCAGAUCGGAACGAUCGGAUGCGCUAGCGCGGUUGUCGAGUUCCAUUUCGACGUCCGCUCUAACGACUCAGCAUCCGUCCGUUCGCUCCAGACGUUCGCUCGCGCGAGCCGGAAGUUCACCCACGAUGGCUCGCUCGCUCGAGGUCCCUCUAGGACUUUUAGGCUGCAGGAGGACCAGGAAUCGAUUAGCGCUCCGGGUCUUUGAAUCAGUCUCGAUCCGCCACGGUGGGAACCUUCAGUUUCCGCGAUCGAAUGGACUCUUGGCGUAUCGCGUACAGUUUUCUAAGUUAUCGUCCGUGGUAACGGGAACGGUCGCUCGGGCUACGCCGAGAACUUUCACCGGUCAUUCGAGGUUCGAGGAUGGUCAUCGGUAGUUUUUUCGUGGAAAUUUUCUGAUUUAUUUAAAAAUCUAGCUUCAUAUUUUCUACGGCCUUGAAAAUGCGGCUUCAAGCGGAUGCGCUAGUGUAUCAUUUUGUUAUCACUCAUAAUUGAAUGGCUGUCAACUAGACGUAUCCUGCAUGCUGCAUAGCGCAUCUUGUGCUGAGGAAUUGAUCAAUUAUCGACGAUUCGGUUAUAGUAGUGUGACCAUUUUUUAAUUGCAAUCUUGGGCACUGACGGAAACUGUAUGUAGAUACGAUCCAGGGCGAUCCAGCGAUUUAUUAAACGUUCGGUUUUGGGGUUACGCGAGAGCAGUGUAUGUGUAUACUUCUCUAUACUUUCUCACAAACAACGUGGCUCAAAAACGUAAAUGAGAUGUCAUUAUUACGACGACAUAUAGUUACGUAGCUGAGGGAAUCUAUUCCCUUCUGGAUGUAUUCCGGGGAAUUAUAUUACAAACGCUCGGCGAUGGCCGAAUCGUGCGGGACAUUUACGCGGUGAGCGUAUUCUCGAGCGCGAGGCUCGAGUCGGAGAGGAAGAUGCUCGAAAGAAAAGAAAAGAAAAUUCUCUUUUAUAGUCUAAUAAACAUUCGCGCUACGACGAAUAAAAGGUUGAGAAUUUAACGAACAUGGGUCAGUCUCGAUGAUUUGUGUGGAUGUAGCGUAUAGUAUUAUGAAAAAACACUUCAUAUAUUUAAUUAAUUUAUUUGGGUAUUCUAUCGUGCACACACACACACACACACACACACAAGCACACACACAUACACACACGUAGAAUUUAAUCUUGCGACGAAUAACAAACUCUGGAUAUUACUUAUUAUCGUAUGACGCGUGAAGAUAUUGAUGUGUUAAUUUAUUUAACGUGAACGCGAGAAGCGAACCGUGCGCGCAGAACUCAUGCGGACUCAAUUAAGUCGGAUUCCAUUAAAAAAAUUUCAAUUUCCGUUACGUUCAUGGUAUAUCUGUGGAUUAAUGUACAGCGUGCGCACGUCAAUAAAAGAAGAAAUGGUUCAUGACGUCCAACACAAAGAUUUCUCCAGAGUGAGAUUCGCUCGUCGUGCCACGGCAUAUAUACUAUGUUACGCACAAUUGCGUCUGCAUAAUCGAGAUCUUAUAAUCACACGGGAGUGC